GAAAUCGCGAAACGAAAAGCUUUAGAUCUGAUCCUCAGUUCCUGCUACAUUUUGUUUCUCUUUGAAGCUUCUGGUUUCUUUCACUCACUCUCAUUGACCAGAAGCCCUACACGUCGAGAGAGCGAGAGAAGAACUGGUUUGUCUGUGUUUCCUUUGUGGGCGAGAAUGGCGAAGAAUUUAAUGGUUCUGCUAUGGUGCAUUAGUCUCUUUCUACCUUUGGGACAGGCUAUAUGGUUAAAUCUUCCUGGUUCAAGAACGAAGUGUGUUUCAGAGGAAAUCCAGAACAACGUCGUCGUUUUGGCCGAUUACACCGUUGUUUCCGACGAUCAUUCUCACGAGAUCCCUACCAUCUCUGCCAAGGUAUCAUCACCAUAUGGGAACACCCUUCAUCAUACAGAGAAUGUCACCCAUGGUCAGUUCGCAUUCACAACUAACGAGGCUGGGAACUACCUAGCAUGUUUUUGGGUUGAGGGCCCUCAUAAAGCAGCAGAGACAAGUGUCAACCUGGACUGGAAGAUUGGAAUUGCAGCGAGGGACUGGGACUCUGUUGCCAGAAAAGAGAAGAUUGAGGGUGUUGAACUUGAGUUGCGGAAGCUUGAAGGAGCAGUGGAGGCCAUUCAUGAAAAUUUGCUCUAUCUCAAGAGCAGGGAAGCCGAGAUGAGGGAAGUGAGUGAACUAACCAACUCCAGAGUGGCAUGGUACAGUAUCAUAUCCCUGGGUGUCUGCAUCUGCGUUUCAGUUUUGCAGUUGUGGCACUUGACGCACUUCUUCCAAAAGAAGAAGCUUAUCUAACUUCUCCAACUAAUUAGUUUUCCUGAUGCAGUAUUACGAGAAUGAAAGAGGAUUAAAAUGUUGUUUAUCUUUAUACCUUAAUUUUG